AUUGAAAUUGUAAGAGAAGUUGAAGGAGAGAGAAAAAAGAAGAGAGAGAGAGAACAUGGGUCUCUGCUUUGGUUGCUUCGGCGCAGACAAGCGCAUGAGCAAGGAAGAAGAGAGGUUGGCCUCUGAAGAAGCGCGUGCUAAAGCUGCUGAAGCGGCACAGAAAAGACAAGAGCAAUUUGAGAAAUCUGCAGCAGGACGAGCUGCACGUGCACAGCAACAGGCAAUGGCAAAGCAAUCUGCAAACUCCAACAAAGGCGAACCAGUUCUAAAGUGGCAGAUGGGUUGAGGUUAGGCACUCUGUGGAAUCAACUUUUAUUAGGUGUAAGUAUUGAUGACAGAUCCAAUCAAAAUUCUACCCGCAGCAUGUUUCCCUUGUUUGGAAGAUGUAAAGAUAUUUACAGCAAUAAUUUUAUCUUAAGUGUAAUUUGUUGUUUUCCAGACCAAGAAAAAUAGUGAGUGUAAAUUUGUAAAGAAAUCGUGGUAGCUGGAAAAGUUGAGAUGGCUGUUUGUUUUUCUUCCCUUGCAUGAAAUUCAGCAACUCCAUUUACUUUCUAUAAGCUUUAAGCAUCAUAUAACGAAUUAGAGAAGUGUGACCCUUCAAAUAUUAUUUCCAUUAUUCAUUUUUC